AUGGAGAGUUUCAGUGAAAUGACAGAAGCUUUUGUCCAAAACUUUGAACAAUUGACGAGCAACCUCGGCGACAACGGCGACUCCACCUUGUAUAUGGAUUUACAAGAGAACCGCGGCUUCCUGGAAGUGCUCCAAAGUAAUGGUACUCCUUUCAAAAAGACAUUCAGAUGGAACCCAAUCGGCCAAAAGUGAAAUACUGCGACUUUUUUUAUUGUCAUAGGAUUUGAACUUGAGUUAUCUACACUUUGAAGUUGGAGUUAUCGGGCAUAUUUCAGUGUUUUGGACGUAAAAUGAGGUUUCUUUUAAUAUUAACCAUCAACAUGUCAUCUAUAUUAACAUAAUUUUAGAAACCCUUCGACCACGUCACUGCCAAUGUUGCCCAAUGAGAAAUCGGUACCUCACUUUUCAAAAAAUAGUACCAAAAAGAAAAGAAACAGUACCAAACAGAAAAGAAACAGUACCAACCAAAAACCCAGAAAGAGUGCCAAAAGAUCAAGACAGUACCGAGGUCUAACUGCUCUAGAUGAACCAGUUGGGAGAGAAGAAAGUGCCAGAAUUGAGGACCAGACACAAGAAAAGAGUACCAAAGAAGACUCGGGCCGAGAAGAGGGUACCAGACAGCUCACGAACAAGAGAAAGUCGAAGAGAGACCGGUACCACGUGAAGAUCGAGGACAUUAGUGACACCACCAACUGGGAGAACCCUAGUACUCCGGAGAACACGCGAGAGAAGGUGUCCAUCGAGUACGUGGCCCCAAAUGUCAUCAAGGCCAGACGCCGAAGGGGCUGA